UCUGUCCAAACCCUCCAACUCUCUAACGGAAAAGCACACUUUCUCAUCAUCUCCCCCACCAUAUAUUCUCUUCCAACCCUUUCUUUCUCUUUGUCUUCAUUGCUUGAUUCUUCUUUCUCUCUCUGCUUAUUUUUGUGCAUCGGAAAGAAGAACGGGCGAGGGAAGAGGAUUAAGCUCGAUCGUGCUUGAGUAGUUAGCUAGAGAAGAUGGUUAGAGCUGAUCAAGGGCUACGGCUGCAAUAAGGUCAAUAGGGUCGGGAUCGAUUCUGGCCGGCAGGGUUCGGAUCUUUGGUAUUAUUCUUUUAAAGGGUAUUUAUUCUUUUUGUUAUUAGAGAAGAUAAGAUGUGCACCAGAGGCCACUGGAGGCCUGCUGAAGAUGAGAAGCUCAGGGAGUUGGUGGAACGCUAUGGACCUCAUAACUGGAACGCUAUAGCUGAAAAGCUACAAGGAAGAUCAGGGAAGAGCUGUAGGUUGAGAUGGUUCAAUCAGUUGGAUCCAAGGAUCAAUAGAAACCCUUUUACAGAAGAGGAAGAAGAGCGGCUUUUGGCUUCUCACCGGAUCCAUGGGAAUAGAUGGGCUGUAAUAGCAAGGCUUUUCCCUGGUCGAACUGAUAAUGCAGUGAAGAACCAUUGGCAUGUCAUCAUGGCACGCAGAUGCAGAGAAAGAUCUAAGCUUUAUGCCAAAAGAGCUGCUCAGACAUUAAUGAAUGAGCAAAAAUCUUCUUCCUGCUUAAAACAAGACAUCCAGAUCAACUGUGAGACAAGAAACCUUGCUCCCUUUGUUGAGAAAUACCGUGAAAGAUUUCAUGCAUACCCUUUCACUAAUUAUAACUCUCCCCAAUUCCCCAAAGAGUGGUUCUCUCAAGAUCUAAGCCCUUGUAUCACUAUGCUCGAAGAGAAGAAGCAGCCUGUCGAGUUUUAUGAUUUUCUCCAAGUAAAUACAGAGUCUAACGGUAGCGAGGUGAUAGAUAAUACGAGAAGAGAAGACGAGGAGGUGAACCAGGAAGCGAGGGAACAGCAGAACAAGGCUGGUGUUCCAUUCAUAGAUUUCUUAUCUGGUACUAGUGGAAGUUCUUGAUUAGUAAUACGUACGUACGGUUGUGGUGUCUGAGUGAUGAAAGAUCGAUCGAUGACACAUACUGUAAAAAAAGAAGAAGAAAAAAAAUGAUCACUUGCAUAUACGUACGUAUUAAGCCUAACUAAUUACUACCUGAUUACCUAGAUGCAUGUUGCUACUGCAUUGACAGACAGACUAUAUUUAAGGAGACAUGUAGGGAUAUUAUAUAUCUAUAUAUAUAUAUAUACUCGGAAGAGCUGAGGUUGUUUGUGAAAUUAAUGUUGGUACGUAUAAGACAUACUGCAGGAAAGUUCUUUGAUUCUCUUGAAGUGGAUUUGAAUCUUAAGGGGAUAGUAUAUAUUAUAUAUCCAUAUUUAUU